AGUUGUACAACAGUCGGAGAUAAGUAGCAUGCAAAAGUUGUUAUUCAAGUUUUCUACAUGAUAAUUCUUCAGUAUAAUAGUAUUUUAACGUAAAUGAAUAGAAUGAAUGCCCUCCAGCGAAAACUGUUGAUAAACAGCAGAAAAAUGUACUAUGCAAGGCGAUUAUAUUGUUCAACAGUCUCAAGUUUACAGCAGUCAAGAGAUCUCACAUCCGAAAUGAAGCUGAAGAUUGAACAGAAAUGGCGCGGAAAUCUCGGUGAUAAUCGAUUCGAUCCUACAAGCUCUAAGCCGAAGCGCUACGUUUUGGCAAUGUUCCCUUAUCCAUCUGGAAGUCUGCACAUGGGGCAUGUACGCGUAUACACCAUCAGUGACGCAAUGGCUCGCUUUUACAGGCUUAGCGGGUAUAAUGUUUUGCAUCCCAUGGGCUGGGACGCAUUCGGUCUACCGGCGGAAAAUGCCGCUAUGCAACGUAAGAUUCCGGCAGACCAGUGGACUGCAAAGAAUAUUACACAGAUGAGGGAACAGCUCGAGGCGCUACAAUUCAGUUUCGACUGGGAGCGGGAGUUUGCGACAUGUGAUCCGGAGUACUACCGAUGGACUCAAAAAUUGUUUCUCAUGUUGUAUAACGAUGGAUUGGUUUACCAGAAAGACGCAGUGGUGAAUUGGGAUCCCAUUGACAAAACGGUCCUGGCUGACGAACAGGUGGAUGAUAACGGAUGCUCGUGGAGGUCAGGUGCCAAGGUUGAGAAGAAGUUUUUGAGACAAUGGUUCGUUAAAACUACCAAAUUGGCCGAAUCGUUGCUUAACGGCCUUUCAGAUCCUACAUUGGAAGAUUGGAGGGAUAUCAUUAAUCUUCAAAGGCAUUGGAUUGGAGAAUGCGAUGGUUAUAAUUUUGAACUGAAAAUUAUUGGUUCGAAUAAUACAAUUACUGUUUGGACCGAGAGACCCGAGAAUCUGAAAGAAGCAAUAUUUAUAGCUAUAAGUCCGUCGAAUUCACUUAACAGCGCAAGCAUAGAGGAUGGAAAACUAAGCAUCAUGGUCGAAAAUCCCAUAACAGGUCAGCCGCUCCCAGUGAUUGUUACGGAAAAAGUUCAAUUUCCAGACGGAAACGACUCUUAUAUGGGAGUUGCAUCAGAAGAAGGAGAUCGACAGCUGACCUCUUUAUAUCAAUGUUCCAAUGCUUAUGCCCCGAUAACAAAUUCAGAUGCAACUCGUGAAGAUAUACUGAAAUUGGCAGCCAAAAUCAAUUUAGGAGGGCACAAGGUUAAUUCUAAGCUCCGAGAUUGGCUAAUUUCACGUCAAAGGUUUUGGGGGACGCCUAUACCGAUUAUACAUUGCCCCAACUGUGGAACGGUCCCUGUUCCGGAAUCGCAUUUACCUGUAGAGCUUCCAUUAGACACUGUUGGUCAGUCUCUUGCACGGAAUAAGAAAUGGUUUCAAACAAUCUGCCCCGAGUGUCACUCUUCCGAAGCAAAGAGGGAAACAGACACAAUGGACACCUUUGUCGAUAGCUCCUGGUACUAUUUGCGUUUUAUUGAUCCGAAUAAUCGACAAGAUCUGUUCGAUUCCAAAUUAUCACAUCGUUUGAUGCCAGUUGAUUUGUAUGUUGGAGGGAAGGAACAUGCGGUGCUUCAUAUGUAUUACGCUAGAUUCAUGAAUCAUUAUUUGCACAGUAAAGGCUUAGUUUCUACUCCGGAACCGUUUAAGCGACUGCUAGUACAAGGAAUGGUAAUGGGCCGUUCUUUUCGGUUGAAAGACAGCGGCAAGUAUCUUCCUGCCAGCGAUGUUGCAAUAAUAGAUGAUAAAAAGAAUAAAAUGGUUGAAAAGACAACUGGCGCUCCGGUGAUCGCCCUCUGGGAGAAGAUGUCCAAGUCUAAACUGAACGGAGUGGACCCCAUGCUUGUGUUGAAUCAACAUGGUUGUGAUACGUUGCGCUUGAUAAUGCUAGGAGAUGUGGCACCUACCUCUCACCGGAAUUGGUCAGAAGCAACGUUCCCUGGGAUUCUCAACUGGCAGAAACGUCUCUGGAUGACAAUGUAUGACUAUCGGUUGCAUCGCCUUGCUAUUCGACCGGACCAGAGCCCGCCCGACAGGGAUGAUUUUCGACAGCAGGAUUCCAAACUGUGGGAUUCUAGGAAUUUCUUCGCCGUCGGAGCUACGUUUAACUAUAAAUUCUCUCAUCAGUUGAGCGUGGGAAUAUCUAAAAUGCAAGGACUGACAAAUGCGAUUCGUCGAGCGUCGCCCGAAGUGGUUGCGUUUAGCCCACAGUAUGAGCGAUCGGUAGCGGCACAAAUCAUUAUGCUGGCACCUAUCGCACCCCAUUUUGCCUCCGAACUGUGGGAACAAUUCGUGACGUUGCCCCACAGACUCAAUCCCAACUCGGAUGAAAUUCAGUGGGAUCGGGGGCUGUUUGAGCAGAACUGGCCCGUAAUCGAUGAUGAUUACGCGCUGGAUUUGACAGUUAAGGUCAACGAUUUCGAGUGCUGUAUUCUGAAAGUGCCCACGAGAGAUCUUAAUCAGUUAACUCACCAGGACUCCUUGGACCUUGCCUUGCAACAAGGUCCAGUUGUGGACUACAUCGGUAUAAGAAAAGUAUGUAGCGCUGAUUUUGUUUUGAACCCUAGUUGUCAUGCCACGUUGAGUAUUACAUUGCAUCCACUUUCUAAGGAAGAUAAAGAGCAGCUCCAGAUUAAAACGGAAAAGAUAUCCAAAAAAGAUAAGAAGAAAAAGAAGAAACAAAAAAUAGUUAUUCGGCAAUAACAUCACAUAUUCGUGUUGUUGUUGUUAUAUAUAGACUAAA